UCUAUGUUUGUGACCACGAUUACUAUUGUCUAGGUAUCUCUGGCGUUUUAUAUUGAGCCUGAAGAACUUCAAUUUAGAGUGUGUGACCAAAAUAGUGUCGAUGAUUCUGUUUCCGAUAAAUUUCGGCCGCUACUUGACUAUAUCUAUUUUUUGAACAUUUCAUAGUGACAUCGUCUAUCAAAUCGUGCUCAAAUUUACAAAGUAAGUUGCCUAUUUGGAUCUGAUAAAUUUUUCGUUGCAGUAAACAUGGCCAACCCAAACCGUGAAAGUGUUAGCACUCGUUUUUCUGACAAUUAUGACUUGAAAGAAGAAUUAGGAAAAGGAGCGUUUUCCAUAGUAAGGCGAGCUGUUCAAAAAUCGACUGGAUAUGAAUUUGCUGCCAAAAUAAUAAACACUAAAAAACUCUCAGCUAGAGAUUUUCAAAAAUUGGAAAGAGAGGCUAGGAUUUGUCGAAAGCUUCAGCACCCUAAUAUUGUAAGACUGCAUGAUUCCAUUCAAGAGGAACAUUUUCAUUACCUUGUUUUUGAUUUGGUGACUGGUGGUGAAUUAUUUGAAGAUAUUGUGGCACGGGAAUUUUACUCCGAAGCCGAUGCGUCGCAUUGUAUACAACAAAUUUUAGAAUCCGUACAUCACUGCCAUCACAAUGGAGUUGUACAUAGAGAUUUAAAGCCUGAAAAUCUUUUACUGGCAAGUAAGGCUAAGGGCGCUGCAGUGAAACUAGCAGAUUUUGGACUAGCCAUCGAAGUUCAAGGUGACCAGCAAGCAUGGUUUGGAUUUGCCGGUACUCCGGGAUACUUAUCACCUGAAGUUCUUAAAAAGGAACCUUAUGGUAAACCAGUUGAUAUAUGGGCAUGCGGCGUAAUAUUGUACAUUCUACUUGUGGGUUACCCACCAUUUUGGGAUGAAGAUCAGCACAGGCUAUAUGGGCAAAUUAAAGCUGGCGCCUAUGAUUAUCCAUCACCUGAAUGGGAUACUGUUACGCCUGAAGCAAAAAGUUUGAUAAACCAGAUGCUAACUGUUAAUCCAAGCAAGAGAAUAACUGCGUCUGAAGCUUUAAAGCACCCAUGGAUUUGCCAUCGCGAACGCGUUGCUUCUGUUAUGCAUAGACAGGAAACUGUGGACUGCUUGAAGAAAUUCAAUGCUCGUCGUAAACUGAAAGGUGCCAUUUUGACGACAAUGCUCGCGACCCGAAAUUUUUCAGGUAAAUCUAUGGUUAACAAGAAAGGGGAUGGAUCGCAAGUGAAAGAAUCUACUGAUAGCAGUACUACUCUGGAAGACGAUGACUUGGAUAAAGACAAGAAAGGUGUGGAUAGAGCGUGCACUGUUAUCUCAAAAGAACAUGAUGAAGAUGGAUUAUCUAAAGCCGAUUCAUUUCAGAAAGCUCGUGGCGAUAGCACUGCUUCUUUACGUCGUGCUGAGGUAAUCAAAAUUACGGAAGUGCUGAUUGAUGCUAUCAACAACGGAGAUUACGAAACCUACUCCAAGCUUUGUGAUCCUAAUCUUACUGCAUUCGAUCCUGAUGCAUUAGGCAAUCUUAUAGAAGGAGUAGAAUUCCAUAAAUUCUUCAUUGAUAACACUCCUUCCCAUGUUAAAACAAACACAACCAUUUUAAACCCUAGAGUACAUCUUCUCGGAGAUGAUGUAGCUGUUAUAGCGUAUGUCUGCGUGACUCAAAGUGUGGAUGCCGAAGGAAGACGAGCCACCCACCAGUCACAAGAAACACGCAUUUGGCAAAAGCGCCACAACAAGUGGACGGCAGUACAUUUCCAUCGCUCCUAACUAGUCGUGUCUUUGAAUGAGUCCCUAGCGCCAAUGAAUAAUGGUCUUGCAAACAAAAUUGUAACGGGGAUGCCACUGCCGCAACCGUAACCCUUCAAUGAAUCGAUUAAAUUGCGGCGAGAAAUUCUAUGGCAGUGGCAAGAAAUUUAAAAAUCAUAAUAUCCAGUUCUGCUAUGAAAACUACACGAAUUUUAUUAGAAAACUUCUUUAUAAUCCCAAGGAAUUAAGUUACUUACUAUUAGGUAAAUGUUAUUAUGUACACCAGUAUAAUAUUACUUCUAUCUACAGUCAAUGUCUUAAUAAAAUCCUGGUCUAUAAUCAAAAAAGAUGUGGCUAAAAUGUGAUACCGUUUCAAUAUCCAAGCUUUGUGCUAGUUUUAUUAGUAGGAUAUACAAAAUUUGAUCUCGGCCACGAUCGAAAAUGUCAACGAAUAUCAAUGCAAGUUGUUGUUAUCAACACAUCCAAAGAAAUCUCAAUAUUAUAGAUUAACAUCAGAUCUGAUACUAUGAAUCUUGAAUCUACAUAAAUAAGAAUAAAAACUGCAAAAAAUUUUCGAGGUUUAGAAUUAUUAGCACAUUUCUCAGUAAGUCUCUCUACAUUUUUAACUAUGAAUGUUUUGUCGUGCUUAAAAAUGGUGUUCUAUUUGUUAUCAAAUACCUAGAUAGUAAGAUUUAAGUAACUAAUGAACUAUGCAGUUAUUGGCACUAUGCAUGCAUGUAACAGUGAGACGUCUAAUAGUUUAUUAUAAAUUUUUAUCUACUUUUAAACUUUACAUACCUAUGAUACCUAUUUGGGUUACUUUUUCAACUUAGUAACUUGUAGUUAACAGGUUCAUCGUAUUUUUUUAUAUUUUAAGUGGAUUAUAUCAAUUUCGUCAAUUUUAGAUUUUAAAGUUGUUGUUACUCAGCUUGCAAUUUUUAUACAUUCUAACCAAGAGAUAAAUUUCUAAUGAAUUGAGCGGACAAUUCAAUAAAUAACCAGCAUUCUACGAUAUAAAAAAAGAAGUUUUCGGUAUGGCACUGUUCAUUAUUAUUCGUGCUUUAUUGAGUUGCAAUGUUGUGUUUGUACCUGAAUGUUACGAUCGGACGUUUUGAUCGAUAGUAUAAAAUAUUUUAAGUGUUUACUGUGCAAGAGAAUGGUUUGCAUGGAAGUAUUAUAAUAUUCACUAAAAAGGAGCUUGGAUUGUCAGUGAUAUUAAUGUGUAAUGGUGUUUUUUGCACAGUUCCACUUAUGAAAUGUGAUUUAACUAUUGGAUCCUUAACUGUAAGUUUGCCGUAAAUUCAGUAUUUCUUAGAUAUAUAAAUAAUUAGAUAUAAACAACAUUUAACCAUGUUUUUACGACUUUGUAAUGUAUUUUAGUAUAGUUAGCGAACUUACUUUACGUAACAUCAAGAUCUUGGAAUUAUAUAAUAAAAGCAUCGCAUAAUAAGUGUCAUUAAGUCAUUCAAAGUGUAAUCAAAUCAAUGUUUGUGAUAUAAGUAUUCAUGAUAUCUUCAGUACAUAGUUAGUUCAGUACAUAGUGCCAUUAUCAUUGAAUUUAGUGCCAAUAACUGUAAUGAAAAAAAAACUAAAAAUGUAUUCUAGUCUUUAUUGUUACGCAUAUUUAGUAUUUAAUCAACGUUUUAAAUUAAUUUUGAACAUAUUAUACAUACUUACAUAGAACUUACAUUGUGUAAAUAGGUAUUUGAUUUGCACAUUGCAUGUUUAAAAGUGUCGUCUUCGGAUUAGCUAUACAUAUAUAUGUUUUUAUUGUUUUAUUUAGAAAACGAUUUUAAAAGAAUUUGUUAACUAGUUCACUUCAAAUUUAUUUAUACUUAUUACUUUACGAACUUUUGUUAUUGGCUCUCCAAUGUUAGAACUCUAUAUCUGGAAAGUACAUAUAUAUAUAUAUAUAUAUAUAUAUAUAUAUAUAUAUUACUUACUUGAUAUGUAUUGAAUGAUAUGAAUUAUGUAUCUGUACGAAUAAUAAGUAGUCCAGUCCAGCCAUAGGAGUAAAGAUUAGAGUGGAUAAUCACAAAAUUUAUACAGAUGGAAAACAUAACGUUGACUAGGGCUCAAAAUUUACAAUUUUAAAAGCCAUACUUAUUAACUUACUACGCCACACGUGUCGAUCCAUAUAUCGAGUUAAAUUAAUCUCAAAUGAAUUUUACUUUUGUUAAUACCAUAACUAUUGUGGUAACGUGACAUUAGAAAUCAGUCAUAAUUAUUCGUACUCUAGAUAGUAGAUAAUGAAUCUACUAAUUAAUGUGUGCUAAUUUAAUUCCACUAUGUAUGGCUAUCUGUAUGAAUUUCGCAGUUAACCAAAUAAAGUACUUAUUUUUCUCAAAGUAAAAAUGCUUGUGUACAAUUGAAGCACAGCGCAUUAGUUCCUAUAGACAGCAGUAUUGCCGCCACUGUGUAGGUCUAGCAAUUGUUGGGAACCUAUUCAUACUCUGAUUAGCUGUGUCCUCUACUUUGUGAGCCUAACUGAAUGGUGAAAUUGUUGCAAGUUAUUUCGAUUAUUACGUAUCAGUUCUAAUAUUUUUAAAUCUAGUAUAAUUCGAAUUUUGAAAAUUUUACCUAUGAGAAUAUAUCCCUAUAAAAUUUAAUAUUACAUUCUUGUUGAAAAUAUCUGCUUAGUAAAUUGAAAUAUGCAUGGAACUUCUCAUGUUUUAUGAAGUUCGAGUUUAUCCAACAUUAGAAUACAAGAUGCACAAAUCAAUGUAUCAUGUAACUUCCAGUUUCUAACAGAGUUCUCAAUCAUGGAAAUAUAAACCACUGAGUACUGUCUUCCUCAACAGUGUUCCAAAUAAACAACAAUAGUCAAGAUAAUCAGCUUCAAUAUAUUUCAAUAUUCUCUUUGAAAAUAUAAUAUGGCUCUCCACAAAUUGUUAUAUAGUGCACAUUUACCUGUUUGCAUGUAUUUAUCUCACCGGCUUACCAUUUAGGAGAGCUUUUUUACAGUAUUCCAACUCUUUCUAUUGGCUGCUUUUUAUCAAUACACUAUAAAAUGAAUUUGUUACUUUAAAUAAAUAUUGUACUUACAAUUUAUACACUGGGACCAUUUGGAAAUACAUAUGGGACUAUCAAAAUCAUUGGUAUGUCUAUUAUAAAACAUGAGUUUUAUAAGCAAAAAUUUACUCAAUGCUCAAAGAACCUGUAUGUUUCAAAUGGUUUCAAUGAGUCUACAUUAAAAUAUUAAAUGGGUGCAGUGCAAUGUGGUAACAGUCUUUAAUAUAUUAGAAAUAAAAUAUAUGUUAAUUUUUUUUUGUUACUCUGUUUAUAAAUAAUUGCAUAUUUUUCAUGUAGUAUUAGCUAAUUCUAAAUAUUAUAAAAUUUUGACCAUUCAGCUAGCAUUGUCUUUGUUUAAAAUACUUUUGCAUAAUAUAUAUGUAAUUAAUGAGUGUCCUGUAUGGCAAGGGUAUUAUUUUUAAGCCUAUAUUAUCAGCAUUGUAUUGAAGUCAUUAUUAAGCUAUUGGUAUGGGAAGAAUGUGUUUAUAGUCAAAAUUAAAUCAAUAUUGCACCCUUGCUUGAGUAUGUAGUUGAAGAUACUUUGUGUUUUCUAGUUAGAGUACAAGUAUUUUUCCUUAAUAUUCCAUGUGCACCAAAAUUUUUCAUUUAGAAUUUGCUAUUUCUUACAUUGAGUGCUAAGUUUUUGUAGAAUAAUUUCCAAUUGUGAAAGUGUAGGUGUAUGAAAGAGUUGUCAAUAAUAUAUUUGUAUUCAACAUAAUUUCUUGAACCUCUGCAUUGCCGAUUAUCAUGUAACAUUCUCUAAAAUAAAGUUCUUUUGAUCUAUAAA